UCUUCUCUUAUCCUCCCCAGCCACCUGUAUGACAACCCUCUGUCCUUUGUGGGAACUUCAGCCUUCCAGAACCUGUCUGACCUGCACUCCCUGAUGCUACGUGGAGCCAGUAUGAUGCAGGAGUUUCCCUGUCUCACUGGGACUAACAACCUGGAGAGUCUCACUUUGACAGGCACAGAGAUUGCCGCCAUACCGGUUGAGCUCUGUGAGGAUCUCAAGGUGCUGCGGACUCUAGACCUGUCCUACAAUGAGAUUGAGGAGCUGCCUUCCUUCCAGGGCUGUCUAAAGCUGCAGGAAAUAAGCCUGCAGCACAACCACAUCCAGCAAAUCGACAGGGACACAUUCCAGGGUCUGUCUGCCCUGCGCUUGCUGGACCUGAGUAGAAAUGAAAUGAAAACCAUCCACAGAGAUGCUUUCCUCUAUUUGACGGUGCUAACAAACCUAGACCUGAGUUUAAACUCACUGACCAGCAUUCCAACAACUGGACUGAGUUCCCUGAACCAACUGAAACUCACAGGAAACCUACAGAUGAAAAAUGUAUUUACUGCAAAGAGCCUCCCCAAACUCAGGUCAGUAUCAGUUCCCUAUGCUUACCAGUGCUGUGCAUUUGUGGGAUGUGAUUCUUCAACAUCUUCCACUGAUGAGGAGAACAUCAAGAAGGGUGGAGAAGAUGUAGAGAGGAUAUCGAUGGUAAUGCACUGCUCUCCCUCUCCAGGAGCCUUCAAGCCCUGUGAGCACCUCCUGGGCAGCUGGAUGAUCCGUCUGACUGUGUGGUUCAUCUGCCUGGUGGCCUUGAUCUUCAACACUCUGGUGCUGGCAGCCACCUUCUCCCGCCGGGCCUUGGCCCUCUCCCCUGCCAGGCUGCUGGUUGGCCUCCUGGCCCUCACCAACCUGCUCACUGGGGUCUAUGUGGGGGUGCUCACUGUCCUGGAUGCUGCCACCUGGGGCUCCUUCGCUGAGUUUGGGGUCUGGUGGGAGAUGGGGGUGGGCUGCCGGGCAACAGGGGCCCUGGCGGUGUUCUCCUCAGAGUGGGCGGUGCUGCUGUUGCCUCUGGCGGCUGUUGAGCGCAGCGUGGCGGUGAGGGGGCUCCUGGGGAAGGCCAUCUCACCCAGGAGGAGCAGCGAGAGGGGGGUCGGGGACCGACGCUUCGCCCUGGCGGCUGCUCUCUUGGGACUCCUGGCGGCUGCAGCAGCCUGUCUGCCCCUCUUCAGUACCAGCGACCCUUCAGCCUCCCCUCUCUGUUUACCCUUCUCUGGCGGUGAGGGCCCUGCACUGGGGGUCACUGUGGCCCUGGUGCUGCUCAACGCUCUGGCCUACCUGUUCACAGCAGCAGUGUACACCCAGCUGUACUGUGGCUUGGGCAGGGUGGAGCUGGCAGACCAGGAGCAGGCAGGGGCCGUACGCCAUGUGGCAUGGCUCAUAUUCACCAACUGCAUCUUCUUCUGCCCUGUGGCAGCCUUCUCCUUCGCCCCCCUACUGGCCAGGUCUGGCACCGUGGGGGGCCCUGAGAUCGCCAAGUCCAUCACGCUCAUCUUCUUCCCCCUACCGGCAUGCCUUAACCCCGUGCUCUACGUUUUCUUCAGCCCCGCCUUCCGGGAGGACUGGCUGCGGCUGCGGGGCCAUGGAGCUGUGGCCUGUGGGGUGAAGGCUGGGCAGUGUGCAGGGGGCUCUGGGGUUGUGGAUGUGGACGGGGACUCCUCCACACAGCUGGGCUAUGACUGUGGGGUGUACUCCCAGCUCUGUGGGGAAACAGGCGUGUGUGAGCGCUGCGAGGCGGCUCUACACGCCAGGACCUCUUCCUCCUCAUCAUCAGUCUGCAGACACUUGGUGAAGUCCCACAGCUGCCCUACCCUCUCGGCUGGUGCGGCAGCGGGCCAGCGUACGGAGGGCUACUGGGCAGACAGCGGCACCCUCUCUGCCCAGUCAGAGUAUGCUGACGAGGGGGACUCGUUUGUGUCCGACAGUUCCGACCAGGUGCAGGCCUGUGGACGAGCCUGCUUCUGCCAGAGCCGAGGGCUCCCUCUGGUCCACUACGCAUACAACAUACCUCGCAUCAAAGACUGAGAAACUCUUCAGCUGUGUGUGUGUGUGUGUGUGUGUGUGUGUGUGUGUGUGUGUGUGUGUGUGUGUGUGUGUGUGUGUGUGUGUGUGUGUGUGUGUGUGUGUGUGUGUGUGUUGGACACUAUAACAAAAAGAAAAGGUUUGUGAUACACAACAAAACAUGUGCAUGUGGGUCCCUGCACACAAAUCAUUCAGGGAGCACUUCUUUAAUCACUGUGUGAAACAGACUCAACUGUCACAAAAAGGGAAUCUGGCGUUAAAUUAGACUUCUCUGAGACUUUUGGCCAACACUUGUUUUGCCCAUCAAGAUUUACAACUGAUUCCUGUGUGUGAUAACACCAAACUGGCUGUCAAAAAUGUAACAAAAGAGGAAACCUUUCCACCAGUGCCUGCUUCUUGGUUUAGAGCAAAUUCGCCUGCUUCUUGGUUUAGAGCAAACUCAUUAUCAAGAUGUUACAAGCCUGAAUUCAUCUGUCACAUCUCUUGCUAAGGCAAGGAUCUAUGUGCCAUCCUUUUGUAGGUUCUACCUGUAGCUAGCUAUACGUUUUAUUUUAUUGUCAUUCCCUGGUCUGUCGAUUUUAAAGCCUUGCCAUAAUCGCUAUUCAUUUGUAUAUGUAGCAAAUGUAAUCAUAAUCCUCAUUCUAGGGUUGUUUUUCAUAUGAGAAUGUAAAGUAACUGAAAGGAGAAUUGUAUGGCAGCGGCUUUAAAUUAAGGGGUACUGACAAUGUGUUAAAUAUAAUCUGAAAGCUGCAUUUUCAGCCCUCCCAAUGUGAGCCAACUGAAUCUCCAGUCUGAAUCUGUUCAUGUAACUUCACAUGCCCUGUAUUCAUUCCUCAAGAGUACAAGACAAUGACUUAAAUGUUUAUUAUCUUUGACAAUAAGUGUCAACAAUUCUUCCUCGCUAUGAGUGAUAAAGUCUUGGAUGUCACGUGGGAAUGGAAGAGGGCACUGUUUUAACAACAGUCUUCCCAGUUGUUGUGGAGACUUUUAUGACUUUGUUUGUUUUGUCUCUUGGACUGAAAAUCAUUUCGUUGAACUGUGCUUUACCCCCAGGAUCGUUCUAAUUUAUUGCUUAAAGAGGAGCAGAAUGUCUGGGCCAAGGACAAGGUUAUUUCAGGUGUCAGGAAGUUGGCUUUGAAAGGUGAAUGCAGCAUGUACCAAGUGCAAGCUAAGCCUCUGGCGCUGAAUGUUGAUGCCACACAAAGGCCUUAAUUUCUGGAUUGUUCUCUGAGACAGAUCGCGUUGUAGUAAAAUAUAUAUAUAUAUAUAUAUUUUUUUUUUAUGGACAUCAUUGGUGCUCACAACCCAUUCAUUUUGAUCAAGAUGCAUACAAUCCCACAGCUCAGCAGUGUAGCCAGUGUAAUGGAUAUCAUGGUAUAUAUUAUAAUAUAAUAACAACAUAUAAUGUAGAUAAUGUUUCACUAUGAAACAUUUUAUUGGAUCACGUGUGACUGUAGGGGAAUAUCUGUUUGAUGUGCACGAGCAUGACUUUGCGUAUGGGGCCUGCACCACACCCUAGGAGCUUGUAUCCACAUGUGUAAUUCAUGCGAGCGCUCAGGAAAUUAGGCAAUGUAGGGAAGCCUUGACUCCCCUCAACAUUUUGUUAAUGUGUCCACAUUAUGAAGCUCAUUGGCUUUUGAAAUUAUAUCACAAAGUUUCUUAUUUUUGUAUGGAUUUGUCAAUGUUUUGACUGAGUGUAAUUUUAACACCAACCAACUGUCCAGAUUGUAUUGGAGAUGUUAGAAGCCCUUAUGUGCAAAUUCCAAAUUGGUGUGUAUUGCUGUCUGUUUAUCCAUAUGUAAAUUAUUUUUGAUAGAAAAAACAAUAAUCAAGAAUGGGAUGCAUUGUCUAACCACGGAAGCUACCUCUUCAACUUUAGUGGCUACCAGCAGUGCUUUGUAAGGUGUGUGUUCUUAUGCUAUUGAUAUUUUGUUAUUUUGGUUUGAACUGUAGGCUUUGUUUGUAAAUACAUCUGGUUGUACAGCAUCACUGAAUUUAAGUCACGACUUUAGUUGAUGCCAAUUGUGGGAGGAAUGUACAGUAUGUACUGUAUACUGUGAUUUUUGUAAACCAAAAUAUAUAAAACCAGUUGCUUAAAAAAGA